AUGGAUGUAGAUCCUGAAUAUAUACAUCCGGUGCAAGCGAUUGAUACGCCGAAAGUUCGGGAUUCGUAUGAUCCCAACAGGAACGCGCAUUUGAAGGGCAGGAAACGAUUCACGGCAGACCUCGCGGAUACGAAGGAGGCAUGCGGCGCUGGACUUCUUCUCCAUGGGCUUAAACUCACAAAGGUCAGACCAGGAGAUGAUGAGGGUGCUUUUGAAAUUGUCAUCGAACAAGGAGGAAAGCAUGUUGUCUCCGCAAAUUUUCUCGUUUCAGAUACUUCUGAGUAUCCGGGCAGCCACUCGCUAUUCUGCUAUUCACCUGACGCUGAUAUCUCAUCUCGGCUCCAGAGAGUAAUUGACGGCAUAGCUGAGGAGCUUCCGCGCCCAAUCACAGAAACAAUUGAAGAGUUCAUCUCUUCCGUAGCGAGGGCGAUUGGCGUCAGCACUCAAGUGGAAUCCAAAGCGCGUAAACAUGAUACUACCGAUGAAGAGGAUGAAGCACAAUCGGGGGAUGAUUAUGAUGAUUACGAUGACUAUGACGAAUUUGAUGUUGGUUCUACGAAAGUCGAACCCAACACUCUGUUAUUCAAAUUGCAAGAGAAUUUUGUUGACAUUGUGGCGACGGAAUAUCGCCCAGGGUUUAUUCGACUCGGUGGAGACGACUUUGUUCUUUCAGUAUCUCUUCCGGUGAUUACUUUGGCGGACUCAAUCCCGCCUCGCGCCUUGAUGGCUUGGGACCGCCGUCUUCUUUCUCGUUCUCAGCAUCUAACUCUUUUGAUAUCGGGUUUUCGAGGUGUAUAUCCGGUGAUCACGGCUGACGGCACCUAUACCUCGGCUGCGCACAUGAUUGGCGCUACUCUCUCCUUCAAGGUCGGCCUCAGUCAGAGGUACAAGCCGGGAAGAGAUCAGGUUCAGGAAGCGGUUCGGAGGCAUGGUUUGAUCAUACAAGAUGCCGAGGAUGAAUUGCGUCUGCAAGCGGAGAAGCUGGCGCAGCAGCAGCAAAUGUACGACUGGGACAUUGACACACCUAUGGACCUCGCCCCAGAAAGUGUCGAAGAAGAAGAACCGGAGGAAGAUGAGGGACGCUUCGACCGGUUCAGCUUGAGCAGUUCGCUUGAGUCUUUGAUCGACCAGGCAUUUCUCAAGGUUGUUCAGCUGCGAAGGAAGUACGCUCUUGGGUGGGCAGGCGCCGAAGUCUUGCUGAAUGAAGUAGAGAAGUCCCAGAUGAAGCCGGACGACGUUUUAAAUUUGAAAAAACCGGCGAUCCUUGAGGCUGACAGGGCAGAGAUCAAACUCGCUAGGACAACCCACUUACCUCACGACCCUCUGGCUGGCCUUGGAAAAGACGAGCCUAUCAAUCUGCCACUUACAGCGUUCUGCUAUCUGAUUCGUCGUCUUGCGCUUUGCACGCGAUAUUGUAUUGUGUGCCACAACAAGCUGGAUGUCGACUUCGAGGCUCUGAAGCCCUAUGUUUGCGAUUCCAAGUUGUGCUCAUACCAGUAUUACUCUCUAAAUCAAGGCCCUUCACUGGAGUAUGAAAUUAUACAUAAUCCAAGAACAGUCGAUCUUCUGGUUUCUUUGGCGUACACUUCAGCAGCUGAGGGUGCUAUGGACCACCCUUUCCCUAUCGGGAUGGGAUUGCAAGUACCGCACCCUUCCCAAGCAGCUCCUGCGGCUUCAAGCACCACUGUGACCGGUUCUUACGCACAACAGUACCAAUACUCCGCCGGUGGGCAGCAAACCACGACGCUUGAACCGAAGCUCAUAGAAGCCGAUGAAGACGGUCUUUGUGAAUUCGACCAGAUGGAUGCCGUUCAGAUGAGGGGGUGCAUCGCCAAGCUCAUCGAUAGUCUUCCUUCGGUGGACGAUAUGAAGAGACAUCUUGAGAGGAAAGUAAAAGCUGGAAAAUCAAAGCCAAAAUUGAAGGAAAUCAAUCCUUUAAUUCUGCCUGCAGCGUGGUCUGUACUCCGGUGGUGUGUUGCUUCGUGCACGGCUUAUAUUGAAGAAAUCACUUCGGGUCAAGAGUUGAUCAAAAAUUUGGACCCGAAUUGGCGACAAUUUAGAUUGAGCGUGGGCGCGCCCGAUGCGGAAGCCAAGUUCAAAACCGCAAUAGAAGAGGCAGUUAACUCUGAUAAGCAUGCCCAAAAGUUCCCCGUCCUUUAUGCGUUCCACGGUUCUCCACUCAAAAAUUGGCAUUCUAUCGUUCGUCACGGCCUCUGGUACAAGUCGGUUGCGCAUGGCCGAGCGUACGGGGACGGUGUAUACCUUGCAAAGGAUGCGCAGGUAUCCAUGGGCAGCUACGCGCAGCCUGCCCGAUCUACAUGGAGUAAAAGCCAAACCAGCCCUACCAACUGUGUAGCAUUGGCGGAAGUUGUAAACUUGCCAGCCAAAUUUGUAAGCUCCAACCCAUAUCUUGUGGUAAAGGACACACAUUGGAUCAUGUGCCGCUAUCUGCUUCUCAAGGGCCUCAACGACUCGGAUGGACUCACCAUCGCCCCUGAACCAAAAUCCAAACACAAAGCGAAGAAGGACCAAAUUCCCGUCGUUAAACUCGAUCCUACACAUCCUACAACGGUAUCUGGGAAAUCUAUCGAGAUUCCCGAUCCCUCCUACCAAAUCAAACACCUUCUCGAUGCGCGGGCUACAGACUUCGUUCUAGAAGACCCAGAUGUGGAAGACAUGGCGAUCUUCCAUAUUGAUUCUUCUAAAGCGGCAGCGUCCGAGGCUAUCGUCAUCGAUGGGAGUGACGAUGAAGAUUAUCGCGUCCCCGUUUCCGCUCCAGCUAAAGCUAAAGCGCCUAUUGUCAGACCCAAAAACGAUUGGAAGCACGACGAAAAAUGGGUCAACAGCGUUGUUGAGAACCUCAUGCCUCCGCCAUUCGAAUCGACGCGUAGCUCCACAGCGGCGGUUCAGAGAGAGCUGAAAGCCAUGUUGGACGAACAGGAGAUGGCGCCGUGUUUACGAGAGUUGGGCUGGUACAUGCCGCCCAACCUCGUUGGAGACAACCUUUUCCAGUGGAUUGUUGAGAUGCACUCUUUUGACCCAAAGCUGCCGAUUGCGAAAGAUUUGAAGGACAAGAAACUCAACUCGAUUGUCUUCGAGAUACGUUUUCCGCCCGCCUUUCCAAUAUCCCCUCCGUUUUUCAGAAUCAUCACGCCCCGUUUCCUACCAUUCAUCCAAGGAGGGGGAGGCCAUAUCACUGGAGGUGGUUCAAUUUGUAUGGAUCUGCUUACGUCGGAUGGCUGGCUCCCCAGUUACAGUAUCUCUGCCGUCUUGCUGCAAAUCAAGUUAGCCAUCUCAAACCUGGAUCCGAAACCUGCGCGUCUAGCGAACAAUUGGAAUCAGCCCUACAGCGUCUCUGAUUCGCUUGUUGGAUUCAAGCGAGCCGCCGCUACACACGGAUGGACGGUUCCUGCUGGAAUUGAUCGCCUUGUUCGCUGA